AUGGCAUCUGCUAUAAUCAGUGUAAUCGGCGGCGUCCUUACCAUCGUCGAUGCUGUCCAAACAAUCCGGGGCUGGGUUGUUGGUGGUGCUCCACAAGUCAUUAUAUUCAAGGAGCUUCAGGAUGUUGUGCAAGGCGAGCAUGCCGCAUUCUUCCAGGUCAUAGCCUUUGGCAGAUUGGACUACCGCUACCGGCGUUUCUAUGGCGUUUGCUCCCGGCCCUCACAAGAUUCCAUCGCUGAUGUGGACAUGACGCUCAACCUGAUAAGGAAGGUAUAUGAAGAGCGUUACAACGUCUUGCACAUGGACGAUGUCACACGCGGCUUCUUCGCUUCUCUGAGCGGAUACGGUCUUCUCUUCCAUAUGCACGGCGUCUACUCUCAGCUAAACCGCCUUCGACUUGGCGCGGUUGAUUUGGAAGACAGACGACUUGUCGUCGAUUCUCUGAAUGGGCUUCAAUACAUCUAUGAUGCUGCAGGGCUCAUUGGAUGGUUUGGAAAUAACAACAUCAUUCAAAACAAGCGGAUGGGGCUUGUCCCCGAGCAAGUGACACACGUCAACUCAAUAUUCUGGCGGUACUGGAACUAUCAAGAACGAUAUACCCCUCUCAGUAACGUCUCGCCAAACCUUGAACUCUCCGUGGCUAGGCCGCCUGCAUACUAUGAGCAUAACGAGGUCAACAACGUCAGAGGCGCUUUGCGAGACCGCAGAGCUAGAGUAGAUGAGCGAGUGAGAUUCAUUGUCUUCAACGUGUACUCCCCCAUAUGGUGGAGAUUAGAUCGAACGAGGACCGUUUUGCAGGCGAGAGCUAGAAGUCAAGGCGCCACCCGAGUUGUGCCACGCAGGAGACCUGUGCGCUCCCUUAGCGGUUUGUCAAGAGCUAUGCCUUUCAGUGUUAUAGAGGCCAGUGUUGAUGAUACGGGCAAUGAGAACGAAGUGGCAGAAUUUGAGGAUGGCGUAGGUGGAUUCAGUGAUGGAGGAGAGCCCGAGGAUCCCAAUGCUCCAGAUGGUGACCCUUUCAGCAUCACUGCUCCUGAAGUCGUCGCAGACGCCGAAGAGAAAACGCCAGCUGAAAGAAAUAUAGCCUUGGACAGCAGUCGACUUGGUGAAACAACCAAGCUCACAGUCUAUGUUUCGUAG